AAAGACACUAUGCUAUGCUCUAUGCCCUAAAGCUGAAAACUGUCAAAUAGUUGAAAAUAACCUGAUCAUUUCUAUCUAUUUUAAUUAUAUCAAAAUAAUCAAACAGUCAAUCAAUCUACAUUUAGAGUAUUGAUUUAUUUUAAAACUGUAAGCUAACACCGAAAGAGUCAUGUCGGAACAAAACGUAUCCGCUGGAUCGCCCGCCGCCUCCGCUACUGGCAUCGAGGAACGUUCGGCUAGCAUUGCUCCAGGCUCCGCAGCAUCCGCUACUUCUGAGGAGAAGGUCUAUGGAGGCUGCGAGGGCCCGGAUGCCAUGUACGUGAAGCUGGUCUCCUCAGACGGCCACGAGUUCAUCGUGAAGCGGGAGCAUGCACUGACGUCUGGCACGAUCAAGGCCAUGCUCAGCGGCCCCGGGCAGUUUGCAGAGAACGAGGCCAACGAAGUCAACUUUAGGGAGAUUCCAUCCCACGUCCUCCAGAAAGUGUGCAUGUACUUCACAUACAAGGUGCGCUACACAAACUCCUCGACCGAGAUCCCAGAGUUCCCGAUCGCCCCUGAGAUCGCCCUGGAGCUCCUCAUGGCGGCGAACUUCCUCGACUGCUGAGCUGGCCAAUAAUAUCUACACACAGUGGCGAAGCGGCUAAAAUAUCUACAGAUAUGCGAAUUGCGGAGUUUCUAAAAUAAAUUAAAUAGUUCUCGGAAAUUUCAGGAAAAAUCACAGGAAACGAAGGAAAUUUCAUUUUUGAAAUAGAAAAUUUUGAUUCCUGUACAAAAAUGUGAGUUUCUGAAGAUUUUCCAAGUGACAAUUUCACAAUUUUGGAAACUUUUCUAUAGCACACCAGUAAAAAGCUUCAUCUUGCAAGCCGCUUGAAGUAACUUAGUUUUCCGUUGCUCAUUUCUAAAUGGGCAAGCCGGUGGCAAUUGAGUUAUGUGAAGUCAUCGCCACUUGAAUAUUCGAAAUCAAUGAACUCGAUUUUUUUGCAAGAACAUCUCUAGGGGCAUUUUUUUUUACUUGUACCUUGAAGCCCAUAAGAUUUACUUUCCGAAGCAGCCAAAAAUAUUACUAUGGACGAAAUUACUGCCUCACCAUAACAGCCGUAUGUUACAUUAGAAAUUCAUUAUAUUGUCUACUUAUCCACAAAUCUUAUUUAAACUAUCUGAUGUAACAUAAUGUUGUUACAUGCAUAAUAAACAGUGGUAGUUGAACAAUUCAUUUAAUGAAACAUUAUUAAUUCAAGCAUUACAUAUUUAUUAAGCCAACGUAACAUAGCUGAAAUAUAAAUUCACCAACAGGUUUUCUGGAUCACAUAUGUAUUUUUAUGCUAACAGUAUUAGAAUUGUACUUCUUGACCUUAUGACCGGUUUUUUCAUGUUCAAAAAUAUCACACACGUAUUAAAUAUUAACACGGUCAAAGUGCCAAAAAUAUGUACACUACUUUAACGUAUAGGCAAUUAGGUCGUGAUACAUAUGUGGCAUUAUCUAGGAAAAGGGACCUUAUUGUCGAUGACGCUUACGCCGCACUGCGUCGCGCAGCGUUGUAUUUGUAUCGGAGCAUCGUUUAUAACGGCGGAAGCGCCAUCGACAAUAAGGUCCCUUUUCAUAGAUAACGUCACACAUAUUUGGCACUUUGUCCGUGUAGAUAUUUAAUACUGUAUGGUAUUGGUAAACUCACAUGAAUGAAUGUUGCUUUAACAUUCGCGUUCAUUAGCGUUCUUGGCGCUAUCGGCCGGUUCAUCUCUUGACCGUCCCAACAGUCGGUCAUAGGCGAUAAAGUAUUAAAUGAACCUUAAUACAUUCUAAUAAAGUUUACUAUUGCGUGUUAAAUAAAAUAGUCGUGGCGGUCAAAAGGUUAAGGAUUCUUGGCAUUCUGUGGAUAUGAUGCAAACAUGACAUUUGUAAAGUCAAACAAUGACAAUAUUGUAUAGAUACCGUACGUGUUGGAGAUUCUGCCACCUCGUGACCUGAAUCGAAAACUAACAAUUAACGCUUUUAAGCUGGUGCUGCCCCCUACAGUUCACUCACGCUCUAUUGCGUGUAAUAGUGUGCCAUCUAGUGGCUGAAUCCUUAUCCAGGCAUAGUAAGAUAUACGAUCACACACGAUUUAAGGUUCAAAUUAGAUUGUACUUUCGGGAAAUGUGACUUCUUCAAAUGAAUCAUCAAAGCUGGAUUAAUUUGAAAAAAAAAAAACAUGACAUGCUUCACGCAAAUAAAUAUAGGGGGCUUCUGUGUUGCCCUGCCCCCUACAGUUAAUGCACACUCCUUAUCCUCGUACAGCCCAAGGCCCUUCCUAUAGCACUUAUCCAGUUCGAUGAAAAAAACAUAUUCAAUUGGAACAGAGUUGCAUUUAGGAGCCUAUAAUUUUGAGAAGCGCUGGAAAUAAACGUAACGAAGUUAUAUAUAUAGUCCUCCUCAUCGUUUUCGAUGACGGCGACCCCAAAUAAACACAUUAUGGACGUUGUCUAGCGUGAGCCCUAAUGUGGCUGGCCAGGCCGAACUUGCUCUUAAAUACUCUAUUGCACGCGUGACAAUAAAGUUGGCCAGCUGCGUUGAACGUGUACACGUAGGAGGGCUUAGGUCUCUCUUUCCGUAACUGGCGUUUUAUGUCUAGGCUAGUGAGGCGGUUAUCUUCGAAUGUUUUGACACCGUUAUGGAUGGUAGAACGCCAAGAAGACCUCCUUCCAGCAAACGAAGUUAUAGUACAUUGUGCAACGACGGCAAGUGAAACUUUGGAUACGAGGGAGGAAGACCCGAGUUUGCAAUAUUCUUACCCUCGGAGUAGGCUGGUUUUAGUGCCAUGCGGACCGUCAGUACGGAGCGAUCCGCACCGACUAUUUGUAUGGAGUUUAUGUCCGCGCGGAUUAUAUGAGGAUAUAGGGAAUUUUCAAUUAUUACCUGAAGACAUCGUUAGAGAAACUAGAUAUAUAUGGUCUACAUAACUAUUCGCACGCACGCAAGUAAUAUGCGGAUUGUCAAAUGAAAAUGGUAGAGUUGGUUGUAAUAAAGGCCAGUUGAAAAUAAGCCUUAUGUAAAUGGCAGUAAGUAUAAAUUGUGUAUUGUCAUACAAUAGUCGUUGAGUCAGACCAACAUGACUCUGCAGAGAUAAAAUCGCUGCAGAGUUAUCUUGGUCUGUAGGGCUAAAAUGGUCGGUUUUUUAUCAUCUGUCAUCAUGCCUGUCAUGUUCUAACAAGUAUGUAAGUGCGAAAGUGACGCAUGACAUGACAGGUAAUAAAAAUGCGACCAUGCCACCGCUGACUUUAAUGUUUCUUUCGAUGUCAAUCUGUUGUUGCAUUUUUUUAUGAGCUGUAGAUAAAUACAAAGGGGUAUUUUUUCUCUGUUCUCACUAAUAUUUAACCCAUUCAUUGCCGACGCCUCAUAUUUUUACUCAUCACGCAGUGCCGCCGCCUUCCACGCGACGACGCGAAUUCGCGUCCGCGGCAUUACGUUAACAUUUCAUGGACGCGAGUUCGUGUCCGCGGCAUUAGGUUAACCUAUUUCAAGGGCGCGAAUUCGCGUCCGCGGCAUUACGUUGUCAAGGACGCAAUUUCGCGUUUUCGGCAUCGUAAGUGAAAUUUUUGCGCCUAAAAACAGUUUUUGUCGAAAACGUAUUCAGUAUAGACGUGACGGCCGUAUACUUCAGACGUAUAUGAGUUUUUAAUGGUUUUUAGUAAGAUUAUAAAAGUUAAAGAAAGUGUUUAAAGCAAGUUAAACACUUGCUUGUAAUGCAUAAUAUUGGUUGUAAUAAUUUCUUAUUCGUGACUAGUAACAAAACUUAGUAUAUAGUAGAUAAAAAGAAAUGGUCUCAUUUCAUUAUUUUCUUCACACUUUAAAUAUUAAAUGCAACCCAUUUUAUUAUAGUUAAAUAUACAGUCGAAAAUGUUUAGUACCCCUGGACAUAAACAUGUCUGCGUAUCUAAAUUAUUUUAGUAGUUUGUAUUAUUAAUUGCCACAAUCACUUAUAAAGUAUAUGGCACAUGAUUAAAUUACUAUCAUUAAAUAUUUUUCGCGAUAAAAGGUAAAUGACAAUUACCUAAUAUAAACAUAAUGGACGGGAAUCCGCCUCCGCUUCACCCGAAAUGAAAAUGUUGAGUAUUACAAAUGUGUUUAUUUUAAUAACCGGUAACAGUAUACAAUUUGUCUUUAAAAAUUACAUCUCGGGAUAAGUUUUUUUAAAUAAGUGUUUUUCUAGCAAAAACUAUUUUUUCUAAAUUACAAAUGCACUGAAUCCAAAAACCGAAGUAUAAUAUUCUCCUUCAAAAAAUAAAUAAAUAGUUGUUUUCUAGUAAAAAAACGAGGCCGCGAAAUCGCGACCCCGGAAUUACGAUCGGACGUGAAUUCGCGUCUUCGGCAUCCGAGAUAAGAAUUAUGAAAAUUACAAAUGCACUGAAUCUAAAAACCAGCAACAGUAUAAUAUUAUCCUUCAUAAAUAAAGUAACAUUUUGGUAUCAGCAUUUAAGUACAGUUGUUUUCUAGCAAAAAAAAACACAACUCGAGGACGCGAAAUCGCGUCCUCGGCAUAACGAUUACACAUAACAUGGGACGCGAAUUCGCGUCUUCGGCAUCCGAGAUAAGAAUUAUGAAAAUUACAGAUGCACUGAAUCCAAAAACCAGCAACAGUAUAAUAUUAUCCUUCAUAAACAAAGUAACAUUUUGGUAUCAGCAUUUAAGUACAGUUGUUUUCUAGCAAAAAAAAACAAAUAACUCGAGGACGCGAAAUCGCGUCCUCGGCAUUACGAUUACACAUACAUAGGACGCGAAUUCGCGUCUUCGGCAAUGAAUGGGUUAAUCAUAAUAUAGUUGUGGUAUCUUGUACAGUCAGCGUCAAAUACUUCGUAGCAGUCAAAGUAGCCAAAUAGUUCGGUACACCAUAUAUUUAGUAUGGUGUACAGGUCUGUUAACUAAAGCUGGCGCGAUCAACACAUUUACACAUUGCGCUUGUGUAGUGUCUGUGAAUAAGCGCGCGGCGUGACGUCGCACUGCAUACGCAACAUGAAAAGUCUGCCCGUCUCUCUCGCGCGCGGUCUAUCUUAUGAGCGUGAAGGAGACAGUUAUUGUUUUUCUUUUGCUACUGUUUAUAAAUACAGCAUGAUGUUAUUGUAAAUGUUAGUGUCAGUCAGUCACGUAUGAUCGACGCGCGGCGCUGUGUUGUAUUUGGAGGUUUAUUUUUAAACAUGCUGUAUAGUGAAAUUGCAUAAGUGUGAGUACUGUGAACGCGCCAGCUUUAGUUAACAGACCUGUACCGAACUAUUUGGCCACUUUGACUGCUACGAAGUAUUUGACGCUGACUGUACAUAGCGUAUGGUGACAACUUUACAAGUAGACAUGUUCAGGUAUGUUCACUUAUCAAACUAAUUCUUGAAGUCUUUGCUUUGUAUUUUUGUUAAUAAAAUGUGAAUUUAAUUUGUAAA